AUGGCGAUGCGGCCCAAGUCCGAGAUGUCCCCGACGCCCUCCGACCAGAGGGGCGCCGUCAUCGAGGAACUGAGGAAGGGCGCUCAGCUGGCUGACUGCCUCCGGCAACAGCUGGAGCUGAUCCCGGAGCUCGGUCGCCGCAACGCCGCGCUGUACAACGUGAGCAACAUCUCCACGGCCCUAGUGUCGUCCGUCUCCAUGCUGCAGUCCGACAGAGAGCAGUACAGCUGCUCCUCCGACGCCAGGGCGGCAUCCUAUGCUGCCGGUGCCUCCGGUGCUGGUGGCAGCGGCAGCGGCGGGCCUCGAAAUGGAGCCAUUGCCCGCACCAGAAAAGCGAGGCACCGGCGAGGCAUCCAUGGCGAGGAGCUUCCAUUCAAGGAGAUACUAACUAAGACGCCAGGAAAUGACGGGUUCCACUGGAGGAAAUAUGGCGAGAAGAAAAUCUUGAAUGCUGUUUUUCCGAGGGUUGCGUGUGCUGUUGUAAACGUGUUGGGCAGGUCAUACUACAGAUGCGGAUACAGUGACGAGCACAGGUGCCCAGCAAAGAAACUUGUACAGCAGCAAAACAACAGCGACCCUCCCGUGUUCAUGGUCACCCUGAUCAACGACCACACAUGCAGUAGUUUGUUCCCAACUAAUAAUCAACCACCCAGGAGCUCAAGCAGUGCUACUGCUAACUCACAAGUGCUCGACUUCACCACAGCGUCGCUCUCUUCAGCUGUUGGUGUCUCCAGGUUGAAGAAAGAGGAAGACGCAGGCAUGUCGGUGACCGUGCCCAGCUACACGUAUCAUGAGCUGUCUUGUUAUUCCUCGCUGCCGUUGCUCUCGCCGAUGGAGUGGGAGACGGAGAUGCAACGUCUGGUCACAAGUCAUGUGCACACAGCACACAUUAGCCAGCCAGCUAUAUGGCACCAGCUGAAUUCACAUCUGCAAGUUGUUGAUGGUCCAUUGAAGGCUGCAUUGAGAUAA